AUGGAAAUCCAAAAAACUUAGAAGGUAAAGGCAAGCUAAAAGAUUCUCUCCUUUAUGAGAAAUGAGAGAGAGAAGGGAAAGGAAACUUACAUUAUUCAUAGAUCUGAUAGGGGAAUGAAGGAAAUUCCAGUAAAACCUCCAAGUGAAUUUGAUAAAAAAUUUGAUAAAACAAGGAUUAAUGAUGGCAUCCUUGAGGAGGAUGAAAUAGAAGAUUUAGACAAAGUUUAUGAAUAAGUUAAAAAAUUUAUAGAAAAUAAGCAUGGCACUUCAUUUAGGCCUUCGUAUGAGGAUGUUAAGAAAUAUAUGGAGGCAUAUCUAGCAGAAAAAAAUAAAAAAAUAAAUAAGAAUGCAUUCAACAGCUAUUUAAAUUGCAAAAAAAUUAGAGAAGAAUACAUGAAAAGUAAGAUAGAAAAAAGGUAAGAGAAAAAAAGAAUGAGGGAGUUAGCUAUGCAUGGGAUUAUUGUUAAGGAAAUCAAACCAGAAGUAGAAUUGAAUGAGAGAGAUAAAAAAUUGUUAAAUUAUUUUCAUAAGCCUUAUGCACAAAGACCAAAUACUGUGAAUGUAAAUUUAAGGAUCAGCUAAUACAAUAAGAAAAAGGUUGAUAUCAAUAAGGAGUGCUAAAUUUUACAAAAAGAGUGCAAUGAUAUGAUUAAAGAUUAACUUGUAAAUGCAAAUAAAAGUUUUGUUUAAGGUUUGUCUAAUACAAAUGAAUCUUUUUUUGUGCACACUCCAAUUGCAGCAAGCAGAGCUCAAACUGCUUAAAAUGGGAUUUUAGAACGAAGUGCUUCUAGAAAUUACAGCAGAUCUAAAAAGACUUAGGCAGCUAAAUUUAAUAAAUCAGUCAACAAUUACUACUCAGAUUUUGAGAAUGAAAAUGUUUCAUUAGAUAAUUAUGUUACAUAGCAAAGUGGACAAAAAACUAAAAAGAAAAUUAAAUUUGAAGGGAGUUUAGAUUUGAGUCCUUAUAAUAUGGCUGAAAAGUGUGAAAUAGAUUUAAGAGAAAAGGAGAGCAACUUUUAAUCUCUGCUUUCAGGACAGAAAAAUUUAAACAAAAACUUGAAUAUUUUUAUUUAUAACCCUUCUGGACUAAAACCAAAAAGACAAAACAUAGAAUCAUCUUAAGUUAAUUAGAGAAGAGACCAUCUAAACCUUACUAAAGAAGCAUUUUACACUCCAAGUUAAACGAAGUACACAAAUAAUAUUUAUGAUGAUUUUAACGAAACUCAAGGGGCAUUCUUAACUUAGCAAGCUAACAAAAAAAGUGCAUUAAAGAAAGUUCAAAAGAAAGAUUUAGAAUAAGAAGAAAGCGAUACAGAAAAUAAUGUUUCUUAUUUAGAAGAUAAAUUUGUAAGGAAAACAAUGAUUUCUAUGGUUACAGGAAAGCCUAUACGUCCUUAUUUAUAACUUUAAAGUCUUGCAGAUAAAAUAGAGAUGAGAGGUAAAGAAAGAAAGUAAAGAGAAAAAACUAAAAUAUUAGAUGAUAAUAAGCUAAGAAUGUUUGAGGAAUUUAGAAAUUUUAACUUUUCAAGUGAUCAAAAGAAUAUCCCAAAUACGCAUUCUAACUUUAUAUCAUAAUAUUAUAUGAAUAUGAACUAGCAAAAUAUAAAUCCUUAGAACUCUUAAAGUGGACAAGGCACUUAAUCUAUAAGUUAAAGCGUCAACAAUUCUUUUAAUAAUGGUGCUUCUAAAUAAUAAAGAAAAAGCUUUUUGAAUGCAGUUUCAAAUCAAUUAAGUAAAACAACUACAGCUAGAUAAUCUGUAUAAAAUGCGUAAUUAAAUAAGGAAAAAAAGAAAAGUGCAUUCAAUAACUCUAAUGAUAACACUGCAACCUUGUCUAGCAACUAAUAAACUGAUACUUUGAAUAAAUAAAGCAGAAAUGCUAAUAGAAGUUAAGGUCCUUCAUCAAAUGGAAAUACACCAAACAAUGCUGCUGGGAAAGAAAAUAAAAAGAGAAGCACUUCUUCUUUUGAAAUAUAGAAAAACACUAUUUCUGUUAUUAGACAAGAUAAUAUUAUUCCUGAAAAUACUGAAUAUUCGUUCUCACAUUUUGGAGGCAGUAAAGAAAAUAGAUUUGACUAAUUCCCUAAACAAUUAUAUAAGCCAAAUAACUAAAAUGAAAAAAAGAACGAUUCUAAUAUUUUCACAGUCAACUAAAGAUUUGGUUAAUACUAAAAGCUCACUGAAAAAAUAAAUAAUUUAAGAAAGCAUACAAAUUUUAAGCCAGGAUACUGGGAAGAAAUGAAAAUGCUUGAUGAGUAAAUUGAAAGAGAAAAAGACAUUACAGUCAAAAUUGAACUAAGAAAAAAGCAAUAGCUGUUAGGCAGAAAAUAAUUCUAGGCUUUAAAGUAAAAAGAAGAUGAAGAAGAAGAAAUUAAGGCAUAGAAAUUUGAAAAAUUGGUUUAAAAAACAUAAUACUAUGAGAAUAAAUUGAUUUCAUAAUUCGAAGAUAUCAAGAAAACUAAAUAAAGAAAAAACGAAGAAUUUAAAUUUUUAAUAGAAACACUCAAUAGAGAUCGCCCUAUGACUAGAGAUAUUAGAUUAAAAAAUUAUAAUCUCAGCAGUAGACUUAAUCCAACAUAAAAAGAAAGAUAGGAAGAGAAAGAAAAAGAGAAGACUAUGAAUUUAUCUCUAAAUGAUAUGAGAGAAAAGGCAGAAGAAGAGAGAAAGAAAAUUUUAGAAAGUAACUGUAAAUAAGUAGAGUGGUAUUAGCAAAGUGUUAAUAAAUUAGCUUAGCUCUCUUCAAAUGAAGAGGAUAUGUCAAUCUGUCAUCUUAUUAUGGAUCAAAUAAAGUAAAUACUAGAAGAUGGUAUUUAGUUAACUUUUUCUCAUAUAUAGCAUGCUCUCACCUAAGUUGAAGAGAAUCCUAAAUUAUUGUAUAAUUCCAAUUCACUCUAUUGUGUCGAAUUAUCUCUUUCCUUAUUUUUUACUCAUAUAACUGACCUAUAGUCUUUCACUAAACUAUAAGAGGCCUAUUUUAAAAAGCAAAAUCAAAAAGAAAAGUCUCAUAAAACAGAAGCAUCUUCAACUAUACAUUCUACAGCAAUUAAAUAAGAUUUUUGA